CGGAAAGAAGCUGAGAGUGACGCCUCUGAGCCGCGGAGGAUUGUGGGAGGAGGUUGUCUCCAAUUUCUCCUCCCCCUCCCGGCCAAGAUGUCUGACAUGGAGGAUGAUUUCAUGUGCGAUGAUGAGGAGGACUACGACCUGGAAUACUCUGAAGACAGUAACUCCGAGCCAAAUGUGGAUUUGGAAAAUCAGUACUAUAAUUCCAAAGCAUUAAAAGAAGAUGACCCAAAAGCGGCAUUAAGCAGUUUCCAAAAGGUUUUGGAACUUGAAGGUGAAAAAGGAGAAUGGGGAUUUAAAGCACUGAAACAAAUGAUUAAGAUUAACUUCAAGUUGACAAACUUUCCAGAAAUGAUGAAUAGAUAUAAGCAGCUAUUGACCUAUAUUCGGAGUGCAGUCACAAGAAAUUAUUCUGAAAAAUCCAUUAAUUCUAUUCUUGAUUAUAUCUCUACUUCUAAACAGAAUUCUGAUUUUUUAUGUCAGAUGGAUUUACUGCAGGAAUUCUAUGAAACAACACUGGAAGCUUUGAAAGAUGCUAAGAAUGAUAGACUGUGGUUUAAGACAAACACAAAGCUUGGAAAAUUAUAUUUAGAACGAGAGGAAUAUGGAAAGCUUCAAAAAAUUCUACGCCAGUUACAUCAGUCGUGCCAGACUGAUGAUGGAGAAGAUGAUCUGAAAAAAGGUACACAGUUAUUAGAAAUAUAUGCUUUGGAAAUUCAAAUGUACACAGCACAGAAAAAUAACAAAAAACUUAAAGCACUCUAUGAACAGUCACUUCACAUCAAGUCUGCCAUCCCUCAUCCACUGAUUAUGGGAGUUAUCAGAGAAUGUGGUGGUAAAAUGCACUUGAGGGAAGGUGAAUUUGAAAAGGCACACACUGAUUUUUUUGAAGCCUUCAAGAAUUAUGAUGAAUCUGGAAGUCCAAGACGAACCACUUGCUUAAAAUAUUUGGUCUUAGCAAAUAUGCUUAUGAAAUCGGGAAUAAAUCCAUUUGACUCACAGGAGGCCAAGCCGUACAAAAAUGAUCCAGAAAUUUUAGCAAUGACGAAUUUAGUAAGUGCCUAUCAGAAUAAUGACAUCACUGAAUUUGAAAAGAUUCUAAAAACAAAUCACAGCAACAUCAUGGAUGAUCCUUUCAUAAGAGAACACAUUGAAGAGCUUUUGCGAAACAUCAGAACACAAGUGCUUAUAAAAUUAAUUAAGCCUUACACAAGAAUACAUAUUCCUUUUAUUUCUAAGGAGUUAAACAUAGAUGUAGCUGAUGUGGAGAGCUUGCUGGUGCAGUGCAUAUUGGAUAACACUAUUCAUGGCCGAAUUGAUCAAGUCAACCAACUCCUUGAACUGGAUCAUCAGAAGAGGGGUGGUGCACGAUAUACUGCACUAGAUAAAUGGACCAACCAACUAAAUUCUCUCAACCAGGCUGUAGUCAGUAAACUGGCUUAACAGAGAACAAGCUUUUACAGACGUCCUUAAGGCAACAGUGCAGAGAUGUAAUCCUUAAAAGAACUGGGAAUGGCAAAACUACUGUCGGUUGAUGUGUCCUGAAAAUUAUUGGAGUUAUGGCAGAAGUGCUUUUUUGAUCAACUGGUUUGUGUUUUGCUGCUGCAUUUAUCCCAAGAAAAACAGCUUUAAUCUCCAGAAGAAAACCAAAAUACCAUGGGAUUUAUGCUGUAUUGACAUCUUGCCCUAAACAUACAACAUCAUAGUAAUUUGUCAUGGGCAACAUGACCAGAGAGAAGAUUUUUGUCAUGAUUUUAAAUACACUGACACGCUACUGUUGGUUAAAUUUAAACAUGUUUUACCUGCAGAAAUUCUCUCACAAAUAACCUGCAAUAACUUGAAAUGCAUACCCUUUUGAACACUUCCUUUUCUCAUGUAUAAAUUAAAAUGUUUGCUGCAUUUUGCAAAAUGUCAAUUCUCUAAAAAUGUGUCCGUAUAUUUCUGUACCUGCAGUGUAGUAAAGGUUUAGACGAAACCCCAUAAUUAUAGUGGCAUACUGUCACUUAGGUUUCAAGCAGCAAAAUAAACAGUGCAGCUCAGAAAUUGUAGUUUGGUUCUUGAUGUGUUUUUAUUACAUUUGGAGUUGUUUUGUUUUUUAGUACCUUCGAAAUUUCAAAUUAUUUUAUCUUCAGUUAAUGAUUUUAAAAAGCCUGGGGGCAAAUAAGUUGGUUAUUUGCUUUCAAGUUUUUAAAAGUAGUCUUUAUUGACAGAGUAAGGAGAACUACUUUCUAACAAAACACGUGCAUAGUUAUGACAGUGAUGCUUUAAAGGAAUAAAAUUCUUUUUUUUUAAAGAGUGAUAUUCCUUUUCAAAAGAAUACUAACUCUCAGAAUGUUCGCUUUAAACGAAUAUGCCAGAACAUAGACAGCUAAAUGAAUGUUACUCUGCAUAGUGAUCAUGCUGGAAGGUUAUUUCCUAAUGCCAGCAAUCUACCAUUGCCCAAAACCUGCUGAGUUUACUCUUUUAGAAUUGCACUCAAAGUUAAUUUGUCACACACACUAAACUUUAUGAUUAUACAUUGUUUUAAAAAAUAUAGUAUUAGGAAGCUUGAUUAUUUUUAGUUACCAUUACUUGGCACCAAAUGAAAGUUUCCAAAACUUCCACCUGACUUUGAGGUAAUGCAGAAAGUAUAUAACUGGCUUUGAAAGCAAUGCCAAAAGAGUUUUAAAGGUUUUUUGAGCAGUGGCAGUAUACUUAGGAGAAUGAACUGUGGCCUUCCAAGGUAACUACCUUAAAGGAACUCAGCUCAUUUGAAUGUAUUGAGUUUUGGAUGUAUUUGUUUCAUUUUUUAAAAAGUUCACAUUAUUUUAUAGUGUCGAAAGGAAGAACUAAGAUUAACAUAAUUUCUUUGGUUUUUCUGUUGCUUGUUAGUAUUAUGUAAAAACUGGGUGGCAGUUCAGAAGGAAGAUUGUGGUUACAGAAGAGUGACAACCAAGAAUUUUUUGAUCAUUAAAUCAGAUUUUAUAAACAGUGGAAGGAGCAUGGACUUAAAACAAGGCAUGCUUAUUCGGUUUUGUCAAAAUUUUACGAAAAUAUGUGAUAUAUAUUUAUAAUAAAAAUAUAUAAUCCUUAGAUUUAGAAAAGCAAUCAAUUAAUGUCUUUAGCAGACUAAAGCAGUAUUAAACACAGGUACAAGUUGGAAAUUGUAGAAAACGGAAAGAAAACAAAAGACAAAAUGUCUAUGGUAGGGAAUAAAAGAGUUUAAGAUAUUAUAAAAUUAUGUGUAUUUUCUCUUUUACAUAAAUCAUUUGUGAAAAGUGCUAAACUUUUUUUACAAGAGUGAUAUUAAUUAGGAUUUAUUUUUCAAUAUAAUUUGGAGACCCUUUGUUAUCCAAAUAAAAAUGAUGAGUUUUUGUGCCUGUA